CUAAGCUACGACUUUUGGCGCGUACAACUUGACCACUUCCACAGAAGACAUACCACCGCAACUACCAUGGCAGGGCCUAGCGAUAAAGCCCGCUUCUACCUCGAGCACUCUGCUGCCGAGCUCAAUGAGCUCGCGCGGAAAGAGAUCUUCUCACGAGAUGAAAUCAGCACCAUAGCGAGAAAGCGGUCCGACUUUGAGCACAUAAUCAAUGCGCGCGGCUCGAGUCCCGUCGACUACAUGAGAUAUAUCGAAUUCGAGCAAAACAUCGACGCCCUGCGGCGAAAGCGUAUAAAGAGGAUGGGCGUGCGGUACAAGGGUAGCGGGCAGCGAUCCAUAUAUGCCAUCUUCAACCGUGGCACUCGCAAAUUUGCAGGAGAUCUGGGAUUGUGGAUGCAGUACAUUGACUUUGCGCGCAAAGACAAAGCCUAUAAGAGGUUGAAUGAAAUCUUCACGUCGGUGGUUCGGUUGCACCCUACCAAGCCUGAGCUCUGGGUCUAUGCCGCCAAUUACUUUAUGGAGACCCAAGCGGACAUCACGGAUGCGCGAAGCUAUAUGCAGCGCGGGUUGCGAUUCUGCAAACACUCGGAACUACUGUGGCUCGAGUACGCCAAGCUGGAGACGAUAUACAUUGCAAAGAUCGCAGGACGAAGAAAAGUCCUCGGGCUGGACAUGGAUCGGACAAGGGACAAUACGGAGGAUGAUGAUACGGGCAUGAUCGCGUUGCCAGACGUUACCGCCGAGGACAUCAACCCCUCUCUGCAAAAAGACGACGCGGUAGACGAGGAAGCCCUGAAGCACCUCGAAGCUGCACCAGUGCUCACAGGCGCGAUUCCAAUCGCAGUAUUCGACUCUGCCAUGAAACAAUUCAAAGGUGCUGCGCUUGCGGAGAGGUUCUUCAACAUGUUUGUAGAAUUCGAACAACUGCCGUGCAUAAGACGCAUCCUCCAGCAUGUCAUCGAUUAUCUCGAGCAGAACGCCCCACAGUCCACCGAACACAUUGCCUGCAACUUUCGUCUACGUUUGUUCGACGUCCGUCCUACGUCAGGCGAUUUCCCGUCAGCUUUCGCCGAAGCACUGGCGUUGCUCGGUUCCGCCGGCGAAGCAGGCAAAGCCCACAUUGCCGAAGUUGCCAUCAGACAGGUAUUGUCUCUCCUGCUGGUCGACAACGCGGAUGAGAUUGACGCAACAGUGCGCAAAGUGCUGUUAUCACGGCUACGCUUUUACUCUCGAGUUCUGGAAGAAGCUGCAAACGGGAGUGGGGAUGGUAUUGUCGCGCUUGCUAAAUCGCUGCGCAAGGAAGGGAAGAAGAGGGACGCAGAGUUCAUGAUCCGUGCCAGUAUCAAGCAGUGGGGGACGAAUGAAGAGUUGCAACAGUUGCACUCCUCCCUAGACACAUGA